GGGUUCGGUCCUGACAGACUGGCAGCCCCAGGAGAGAAGGAAUCUAGGGAUCCGGGGACCCAGGAUCAAUUCGUUCCCUCGCUUCACCUUUCUGGAUCAUAGGGGGAGAAAUCACGUCCAGGGAAGCAUCAAAGGUCAGGACAGGUAGAAUCAGAGAGAAGAGAUAAGGGGAUCAGAGAGACAUCAGAGUAAAGGGGGGAUCAGGAAGAGAUUAGGGCAAAGGGGAUCAGAGAAAUCAGGGCAAAGGGUAGGAUCGGAGAGAUCAAGGCAAAGGUUGAGAUCAAAGAAACAGAGAUCAGGGUAAAGGGAGAUCAGAGAGAUAGAGAGAGAGAGAUCAAGGUAAAGGGGAUCAAAUAAAUGAGAGCAAAGAUGGGGCUUAAGAGAGAUUAGGGCAAAAUAGGAUAAUUGGGGAAAGAGCAGGGCAGGAGGGCCUUCAGGUUAAAAGAUCAACAUAGGAAGCAAUUGGGGAAUUAGGCUCUGGAGCACCAUCAGGAUGACUUCAGCAGCUGACCGUAACCAGGGCCCUAUUCUCAAGGUCCUGCAGCAGUACAUAGAACCUGCUCAGUCCAACUUCCAGGUACUGGAGGUGGCAUCAGGUUCAGGUCAGCAUGUGACUUAUUUUGCAAAAGCUUUUCCCAAGGUUGUCUGGCAACCUACAGAAGUGGACCAGCAGUGCCUUAACAGCAUUUCAGCUUUAAUCAAGAAGGAGCAGCUUCAGAACGUGAGGCCACCCUUGUUUCUGGAUGCUUCCAGCAGCUGGGAAAAAUGGGGAGGGAUCCAGGCUGGGUCUGUGGACCUGGUGCUCUGUGUCAACAUGAUUCACAUUAGCCCUAUGAGCUGCACGGAGGGGUUGUUCAGAGGGGCUGGACAGCUAUUGAAACCUAAUGGUUUGCUGAUCACCUAUGGGGCGUAUGCCAUCAAUGGGAAGAUCACACCAGAGAGCAAUGUGAACUUUGACAUCAGCUUGAGAUACAGGAACCCAGCCUGGGGGCUCCGGGACGUUUCUCUUUUGCAGCAACUUGCUCAAGCCAGUGGCCUCUUCCUGGAGAAAAUGAUUGACAUGCCAGCCAACAACAAAUGCCUGAUUUUCCGAAAACUGACUGGCUGACCAUCACUGUAUCUGCUACCCCAUUCCAGAGCUUCAGAAAGACCUGAUGUCAGCUCACUACGGGCGACUGCAAAAUUCAUCCUUCUAUCUGGGCCAGACUGGUGUUUAACUGGUUAAUAGGCUUCCAGGGGAAUAUUUCUGGGCAUGUCCUAGCUUUUCAGAGGCUGGGCAUGUUUAAGAAACAUUUCUCCAGGGUCCUGCCAUGCAGGAGAAGAACUGGGGCCAAAUAUCAACCCUUGAUGACCCCCACAGAUGCUAGUGUAAACCAGCUCUUGGCUGACCUCACUCUUGUGUCCAGGGUUUCCUUUUCCCUACCCCCUCUGCAUGCUUUCUAGAAUAUUCUUAUCUUCUUCCAUGGAUGAAGAGGGGUGGGAGGCUGUACCUCCUUGCCACCUUGAAUGGAAUCAAUUGGGGUAGGGGGAGGUUUCUGUCUCUGCCAUUGAUUCAAUAUGAUAUGUUAUGGGUUUCUGUUUUUCUCUUUGUAACACAAGUGGGUUGGAAUAAAGGCCCUUCGCUCUGA